AUGGACAGACUGACCCAGCUAAAUGAGUACGCUAAAAUUUCCCAAGUUGGUGCAGAUGAAAGGCGACGAGAAGAGAGGCGCAGUGGAAAGAAACACGACGCAGAGUACUCCGAGAAGGAAAGGCAUUAUUCAAAGGUGAAAGAAAAAAAUGCCUUCAUAUUGCCGUCAAACCAUGUGGAAGAGAGAGGCGCAUCCAGAAAGUUAUACCCGUGCAGGGAGAGCAAAAAUGAAUACCAGACACAGAGAGUACGGAAAGCAAAUGAAUACCACGACUUCGGGAAUGAAGUACCUUCCUCCAGCUUGAGCUUAACGCCAAAAGGUGACAAAUCUGUGAACCACCCGUAUUAUGAAAUGAAGAGGAGGAACACCAAAAACACCCUAAACUAUUAUCUCGAACAAGUUCGUAUAUGCAAAAGGUGUUACAUGAACGAGUUGCAUGAAAGGAAGAGAAGGACUGCAGUUUAUACGUUAGAAUUUAAUAACUUGGUCGACUGUGAACCUUUGAGUGGACAUCAUUCAGUGAAGAAGAAUGCCACCCUUGCGCGUGACUUGAAACGCAAGAGUAAGUAUCGUGAGGAGCUCUCUGCUGGGGAGGGAAACAAACGAGCAAUGAUCGUGGAGAAGCUGCCAGAACAAAUCCCGCAGAAGAAAAAUUUGUUCCAAUUUUUGAACUCCAUUUUUAGCGUGAAUUAG